UUAAUGUAAGAGAAUAAUAAUAAAUAUUUAUUUAUUUAAUUUUUCAAAUGUAAACUGAACUUUAUUGCCUAUAAUGACUCCUUUUCCAGUUAGGCCAGUCAUUAUAGUAAGUUAACCUCGGAAUUCGAGAUACCCAGCUGUAAGUCUGUAAAUAGUUGUAUAUUGACACCCUAAAAGUUGUCUCAAAACCUACAUAUGGUAGGGUGUAGCAACUAUUAAAUUUCAAGGUCAAAGCUCACAAAAAUCGAUUUUUUGCGCUUUCUAUGGGUUUUUUGCUCUUUGUAUUUAUUAUCAAUAUUGUAGAAUACAAAAUUCUGUACAAAUUUUGUUUAAAAUUUUUUUUAUACGUUGAACCGUUUUCGAGAUAGAGGGCGUAGACCGCGGUCACAGCAUCACUUCAGGACAUCCGGUGACUCCGGGCGAAAACGCGCCAUAUAUAGUUGAUGAACUAUCGAUAGAUCAAUGAUUAUAAAUAUUUGUCAAUUUCUAUUAACUAUUAUAUUAUAUUUUAUCAUUUUCUUCAUGCAUUAAAUCUAUAUCGAUUCAAUAAUACUGAAAACCGUUUACUAAAAUUAAAAAAUGAUUAAGAGAUUCUAAAAAACAUAUUUUAUUUCUGCACGCAUUAAGUGGCUGUGACACAACUUCUGCGCUUUUAAAAAAGGGAAAAAAAAACAUUUUUAAAAGUUUUUGAGAAACUGACAAAUUUGGAUGAACUAGCUGCAGCAUUUGAGGAAGAAAAGUGUUCGGCCCAGAGAUUUUUUCUCAUUGUAUUUUUUCCCUUUUUUUCUUUGAUAUUAAUUUGAUAACAAUAUUAUUAUGUGUGUGUGUUUUUGUUAGUAAUAAAUGUUAUGUCUAUGUGAUAUAUUAUAUAUGUCGGGGAAAUUUCGUAACUCCAUCGAUAUUGAUAUCGUGAUUAGCUGGGUUAGUGAGCGUGUCAUGUGUGUCAGUGCGAGCACAAAAGAGACGAAAAUUCUCGUGCAAUGUUAAAUUUCGAUUGAUUCCUUUUAACACUAGAAAUAACACUUUAGCUUAAAUUACAAGCCGAGCAGCGGGUUCGAAGCACCGAUCUCACUUUCGAUCACAAUCUACCCAACUCGGGCUUUUAUUCUUUAAGUAAUGAUUUCAAACUAUUCAUAGUUACAUAACAAAACGAAUUAAAUCAAAAUACGAUUCUUAAAGUGAAAGAAAUCUCAAUGAGUAAUCAAAGUAUCAUUUACAUUCUCUGGUAUACAGUACGUAUAUACUAUAUUUUGAAAAUUGGUCGAUACGAAUUUCCAGGCGUACGUUUCAUGGACACAAUGUCUAUGCACACGUGUGUCAGCGGAGUGACCAGCUAUCAGAGGACAGUGCUGAAGGCCAAAAAUAAGGAACCCGACCCCACCGACGAAGACUGGAUCGGCAUCAGCUCAUUGAACAGUCUGACCGAGGUGAGUAGCGCUUCGAAGGUUCUCCGUUCGCAAAAAGGGAAGCUCAAAGGAUGCGACGUGAAGCAGGUCCACAAGCUGUACUGCGGAGUCGCAGUGGACAAACAGAGACGCGACGUGUUCGUGGAGGGCAGGCUGGAGGAUGUGCGGCGCCACUUCCAAGCGCUGAUGAGCUACUGCGCCGCCGACGUCAUCGCCACGCACAACGUUCUCAACGAGCUGCUGCCCUUGUUCCUCGAGCGCUUUCCGCACCCCGUCACCUUGGCCGGCAUGCUGGAGCUAGGUUCUGCUUAUCUACCGGUGAACUCUAACUGGACACAGUACGUCGAUUCAGCGGAAGCGGUGUUCGACGACUAUAAGCUCGAGUCGCAGCAAUUGUUAACUCUGAAAGCCGACGAAGCUUGUCGCCUCAUGGAAAGCGAAGCCUACAAAAAAGACUUGUGGAUGUGGGACCAAGACUGGUCGACGCAGAUUUUAAAAUUGAAGAAAUCAAAAGGCAAAUAUAGUAAUCGUUUUGAGCCAAAUAAUAGAACACCAAAAGAGAAACAGACGCACGAGGCAUCGGAUACGUUAUCGUUAGAUUAUAUUGAAACUUUGGAAAAGGCCGAAGAAACGAAUGAAUCUAAAGAAAAAAUUGAGGAUUUCACAAACAAGUUUGAAUACUUGUUCGACUUAAAAGCUAUGUUGCCGGUGAAAAGGCCUCACUUGGCCGGAUACCCAACUUGGUACAGGAAGCUGUGCACGAAGCCGGGUAGAGAUCCCGAUUGGGUACCGGGAGCCAACAACAUCACGACUAGUAUGCAGAUUACACCGAAGCUUCUUCGCCUAUCCUGGGAAGGAUAUCCUCUUCACCACAUCCCGGGAGAGGGAUGGGGAUUCCUCGUCCCUUUUAGCAGGAGCGGGGGCGACGUCCCGGAAGGACACCCCCGGAUCCCUUUAGAAGGCUUGCUGGAAACCUGUCCUUUGGCUAAUCCCAAGGAGGCCGAGGUCAAUACUGAACUUUACGUUCUUCCCGAGACGGUGGAGGAGGACCUGUCGAGGCGGGCGUAUUUCGCGAGAAAGGCCAAAGAGGAGCGAGCGGCCGCCAAUCAGUAUCACGGCUUGGGCGUAUGGACUGGACUCGAAAUACAAGGGUGUUGCCAUUUCCUGCGUCUGCCUCACAAAGACGGCCCCAAGUACAGAGUGGGCAAUCCCUUGGCUCGGGACUUCCUCGACAUGUUCAGUCAAAACGUUCUGUCGGCCCAGGGCAACGACGCAGAGAAGGUUCUGACGUUCGGGCGGAUGAUGUCCUACUGGCGAAAUAAUCGAGAGCGAGUGAUGGGUCAGCAGGUGGUGUGGCUACCUCGGGAGUGUCUUCCGGAGCACCUGCGGAGCUCGCUCCGCAGAUUCGGCGCCAUCGUGCCUCAGGUCGUGGCCUGCGGCACCCUCACCAGGCGGGCCAGCGAACCGACGUGGAUGACCGCGAGCAACGCGCGACCGGAGCGUAUCGGGUCGGAGUUGCGAGCCAUGGUGCAGGCCCCGCCCGGCUAUCGCUUCGUCGGCGCCGACGUGGACUCCCAGGAGCUGUGGAUAGCCGCUCUGCUGGGCGACAGCGGCCUCGGCGUCUGCGGCGGCACGGCCUUCGGUUGGGCGGUGCUGGCCGGCGACAAGAGGUCGCAGACGGACCUGCACUCCCUGACCGCCAGCGCCGCGAACAUCAACCGAGAUCACGCCAAGGUCAUCAACUACGCGAGGAUAUACGGUGCCGGUCAAAACUUCGCGGAACGACUUUUAAAACAGUUCAAUCCGACGAUGACGAUUUCGGAAGCGAAGAGCAAAGCCGCCAAAAUGUUCACCACCACCAAAGGCCGACGGGUCUACACUCUUCUCGAGAAAUAUUCUGCCGGGCUGUUGGACCCGGACGACUGCCAGCAGGACGUGAAAAUGUCCGCCCGUGACGCGGGGCGCCUCGCGAAGAUGAGCGGCAAGCGGCUCGACGAGAUGUUCGGUCGGGCGCGGUGGGCGGGCGGCACCGAGUCCGAAAUGUUCAACAAGCUGGAAGAGAUCGCGGAUUCCGAAGCUCCCCAGACGGCGUUCCUGGGCGGUCGGCUGUCCCGCGCCCUGGAGAUGGCGGGCGGCAAGUGGGGCGGCACCCGCCUCAACUGGGCCGUGCAGAGCGCCGCCGCGGACUUCCUGCACCUGAUGCUCGUCAGCAUGACUCACUUGGCGCCCGAGGCCAGGUUCUGCCUGAGUUUCCACGACGAAGUCCGAUACCUGGUGCCCGAAAAAUAUAAAUAUGAGACCGCUCUGGCGCUGCAGAUCACCAAUUUGUUCACGAGAGCGUUUUGUUCGCAGAGAGUAGGCAUAAGAGACCUCCCGAUGUCGGUGGCCUUUUUUUCGUCCGUGGAAGUAGAUAGAGUGCUGCGAAAAGAUUCAAAUCAAAGCUGUGCAACUCCGUCGAACCCCCACGGCUUAGAAAAUGGAUAUGGGAUACCCGAUGGCGAAUCUCUUACCAUUUUUGAUAUACUUAAGAAUGUAAAAAGAUAAAUUAUUUUCGUA